ACUUUAUACCCUGAUUUAAACCAGAGAUGAGUUGGGAGAUUGCUUACGGGCAGGAUCAGAGAAGCAUCUCUGUUUAAACUAGAUUUCAUUCAAUUUUUAAAUUGUACAGCUUGAUAAACUCUCUACUGAUCAAUUUUAUCCAACCAAUCAGAAUUGCGGUUAAUAUCGUGCGACAUUUUCGCUGAAAUUUUAAUUAGUUUUCCAUCCUCGACAGAUUGACGUGUCGCGCUCUGUAUGACACCUUACGCGACCAAGUGGUUAUGUUGGAUGCACUUUUCAGAUUUCAGCAGUCGGUAAUGCAGGUUCUUUACUCCAAUACCAAUAUUUUACAGAGAUGAGUUGGGUGAUUGCUUACGACUGGGUAAAAUAAGUGUUUAUAUACAAAAUUACCCGCGCGAAUUGUCAUUAAUUCACGAUUAUUUCCUCUGAAAACUCAUUAAAUUCGAUUUACUUUUCUACGUUCUAACGAGAGGUUACAAACAUUGAAGUUCAGCAGUUUGGCAACUUCACGGAUGGGACAAAUUUUGAAAAUCACUGUUUAUUAAUGUUUUUGAUGCAUACACCCGUAAUAAUAGUCUUGUCAAUGCUAACUUACCUUCGGAGUAAUACAUUUGACACAACACAUGCCCAAGAGCUGUCUUAAAACGGGUUAAUGUUAGUCGACGGAUAUGGCAGUAUACGGUCUCGCUCUUCUUCGAAGAAAUCUUUCGAUAACCGAAAGGCUCCCGAAAUUAAGAAAUCAUCAGAAACUGUUGAUGAGUGUCACAAUUUCAUUCUUGGAAACAAGCAACGUCGUGAGACAAAAAAUUACUGAGACGGCAGGUUAAUUUGCCGACUCAAUCUUGAAGUUCCUUCUUGGUUUGAACUUUACUUGGGGGUGUCAAAAAAAUCCAGCCAUUUCCUUGGAUGUCGAGAAAUCCCUAAAUACGAAAUCAACAGUGUAACGAAGAAAGAAAUAUCAGUAAGCGUUGAAGAGGAUACAUACAUUCUUCACACUUGGGAAGGAAUUGAACAUUUAAAGGGAAGCUGUUAGGCAAGCCGAAUAAUUCAGUGAUGUCGAGACAAUGACACUACAUGACUUAAGUACCAAACUGGAGGAGUUUUUAAAUAGUGAAACACCUGAGCGAGCACAGGAAUUCUUUGACUCUCCAGCAUACGAUGAAGUCUUCAGAGAACACAAGAAGCAGAUCAUAAACAUAAUCACCCCAUUCCUUACUGCUCACAACGCUGCUAAGAAUCCACAAUUGAUUCAAUGCUGUGAGAACGUGCUGCUUAAGAUAGCGCAAAAGCAUUGUUCUACCGACCUAAUUUUAGAAUUUCUGGAAGAAGUCGAGUGCUCAAAUGGCGAUGCCCUAAAGUUUUGUACAAUUUUAAAGCCACUCACCGAGUGUUUAUGUAAAACUCAAGAUAUUAACGCAACGGUAUGGGUUCUGGGUACUAUAAAAUUAUAUGUGGAGGAUCUACCAGUACCAGAAGAUGAGAUACCUGAAGAGGAAGGGGAAAACCUUGCGGAUGCGGAUUCUGUAGUUACUAGAAUAAUAGAAGUUUACAAAGCUAUUUUAGACUUCUUGUGUCAUAUCAUUUUAGAUGUAGUGAUUAACUCGAAAACAGCUACUCCAGAAUUGCGUAAUCAUUUACUCAGUUUCAUGCUUUCUUUAAUGGGAAAACCAUUUUGUUUCCUGCAACCAAAACUUCUACACUUGCCUGUAUCAUCCAAGAAGAAUGAAUCAUUAAUAGAAAGUAUCGUAUCCACUAUGGGAUUAUUGUCUGGCGAUUUACUACGCUUUCUACAAUUCGUUGAUGAUCGUAACAAAAAUAUUAAACUGCCCGAAUCAACUGAGCUCGAAGAUAACGUGAACUCCGAAAUAUUUCAUUUUGGGUACGAGGACAAGAUAUCGAAUUUGGCCUACGCUCAUUUCUAUUACUGCCUCCUAGGAACGGAAUCGUUACAGAAAUUUAUUCCACAAGUAUACCAUCCUCAUUAUAUCAUGCACACUUGUUUCUAUCUUUCGAACUGUCUUAUAAAAACGUCUAAAUGUAUGCUAAUUUCUAAAGGUCUAGAACUAAUGAAAUAUAUUCUUGACCUAGUAGACAGUCAAUCGGUGGGUUGUGAUGCGUUAGAAUUAGAUGUACACACGAAGCUCCUUAAAAGUAUUACCAAAGUAAUGAUCUCCUGCGAUUCCAAUGAAUUGCGAAAAACUGCAUUAACACGACUUCACGAUUAUUUCAAAAUACUUACAUUAUCAGCUCGCUACCACACUCUUCUGUAUCUUUACAAGACUGUUGAUCAUUCUGGUCUGUUCGGGGUGAUAACUGGAAUAUUCAAGUCUUCGAUAACAAUGGCUCUCGAUGAAACCCCACCGUAUACAGCCUUUACAGGUGAAAGAUUAGGAGUUCUACUAAAACUAGCUUGCAAACUGCAACACGGUUGUAACACAGACCUUGUAGAGGUUUCGGAUGAAGUGAUCGCAGUAUUGAAUCUCUUAAGAUUUCUCUUGAUCCGUGAUAAGGACAAUACGACAGGAAUUUGGGAUUUCAUGCACGGUUUAGAAAUCGAUUACCUAAAGCCACUACGAGAAGGCAUUCAUCUAUCUCGAGCACAUUGGCAUGUGAAGAUUAAGGAUCUUCAAGAAGAAUCGAAACGUGCAAAAGGAGUUCCAGAAGUGACAUUGACAGUAGGAGGAGAGCCGUUGCCAAGAAUGUCAGUUAAGGAUAAAUUAACAAUGAGUUAUCAAGUUUUAACCACAUUCGAUGUCAUGGAGAGCAUCUUAGUUAGGGUCAACGAAUGCAUCUCUUCUAAUAAACCAACGCAACCAAUGAAAACCUAAAUGAACUGCGAUGAAAAUCCUACACUUUAUAAUCUGAAAGACUACUUAUCAUUGUUUACAUUUCUAAUUAUACGGUCUAUUUUUUGAACCAGAAAUUCAGGAAUAUGCAAGUUGGAAUUAAAUGUUAUAUUACCUGAAUUGUGAGCAUUUUAUAUAAUAAAGUAUCGUAUUAAUUUUUCAUUAUGUAACUAAGACUUCAUCCCGUUAAAUCUAAAAUCCUUUUCUAAGUCUUCCUGAAAGUUUCAUUUUUACAGAUAAAAUAAACAAUGAAAAGAAAGCAGAAAGUCUUGAUU